GAGAGAGAGAGAGAGGAGAGAGAGAGAGGGAGGAGAAAGAGAGAAAGAGGAGAGAGAGAAAGAGAGGAGAGAGAGAGAAAGAGAGAGAGAGGGAGGAGAGAGAAAGAGAGAGAGAGAAAGAGAGGGAGGAGAGAGAAAGAGAGGGAGGAGAGAGAGAAGAGAGAGAGGAGAGAGAGAAAGAGAGGGAGAGGGAGGAGAGAGAAAGAGAGAGAGAGAGAGAAAGAGAGGGAGGAGAGAGAGGGAGCGAGCAGCAGCGCGCGCACACGGCUCAGGUGAACGCACGAGCUUCAACGUCCGCAGGAGGAAAAUAAAAACCCCACGAAGAAGAAGAAGAAGAACUGCGGGUUGUUUCCGGUUCUUCCUCCUUCAGCCUCCUCUUCAUCGAUCCAUCAGCGGCUGAUUCACGGUCAGUUCUUCUGCCUUGUUGACUGAUUCCAGGAAGGAAGUGAAGGAAGGAAAGAAGGAAAGAAGGGAAGAAGGAGGGCGCGUGCAUCUGUGACGAGGAAGCAGCUCACCUCCCGAGAGAUGGAGGGCAAAGAGAAGGCAACGGCAGAGCAGCUGAAGGGCAUCGUGACGCGUCUCUUCAGUGAGCAGGGUUUCUACCUGCAGAUGCAGCCUGAUGGAGCCAUCAGUGGAAACAAGGACGAGAACAGUGACAACACUCUGUUUAAUCUGAUCCCAGUAGGCUUGAGGGUGGUGGCCAUGCAGGGUGUGAAGGCCGGUCUGUACGUGGCCAUGAACGCAGAAGGGUUCCUCUACACUUCAGAUGUGUUCACAGCAGAGUGUAAGUUUAAGGAGUCGGUGUUUGAGAACUACUACGUCAUCUACUCGUCGACACAGUACCGGCAGCACGAGUCGGGCCGGGCCUGGUUCCUAGGCCUCAACAAGGACGGGGUCAUCAUGAAGGGGAACCGGGUCAAGAAGACCAAGCCCUGCUCGCACUUUGUGCCCAGACCCAUCGAAGUCUGCAUGUACAAGGAGCCGUCGCUGCACGAGUUGGAGGAGAAGCUGCUGAAGUCUUCACGAAGCCCAACGAUCAACAGCGAGGAGCGGCGGGUCCUCAAGGAGCAGGAGGAGGAGCAGGAGGAGGACCUGACAGAGCAGGACGGCUCAUAGCGCUCUGCAGCAGCAACAACAACAACAACAACAACAAAGAGAGAAAAAAGAAGGAAACAAUCUUCUUCUGUUCAUAUUUAAAUAUUUAGAAUGUGCCGGGGGGGGGGGGGGAUUUACAUUAUAUGCAAAAAGCUGAAACGGCACCCGGAGGCUCUUCAUCGCCACGUUGUAAUCAUCGUCAUCAUCACUGAACUCUGAAGCUGUAAACCGGUUAGAACCUUCACUUCCUGUCGUUCACUAUGAAUCCAAACACUUUGACACGUUCUCCUCUUCUUCUGUUUCUUCUGCUUCUGCUUCUUCCUCUUCUUCUGCUUCUUCCUCUCCUUCUUCUGCUUCCUCCUCUUCUUCUGCUUCUU